UGCUCCCUCUUCCCUGCCUCCUGCAGCCGCGGCGAGGGCUCAGCCAAUGGUAGCCCCGCGCUCGGGACCUGAGCUGUUUACCCAAUCUCAGCCCUCCUCCUGCGCCUCCUCCUCUGAAGAUCCUUGUAGCAUCCAAGCCUGGAAGAGCGAGCGAGGGGGGAGAGAGGAGCGAGGGAAAGAGACAGGGACGCAGAGGGAGAGGAGGCAGCGCUGUGGCAGGCGAGGUGUGGCUGGUUAGAGCAUCUUGGUCGGAGAGCCUGGCCCGGAGCAUCUCCUGCCUCCCUCCCUGCCUCUUCUCCGGGCUGUCUGUCCGGGGCGGGUAAGGCGCCCUCACCCCGGACCAUGCCCCUCCGCCGGCACAGGCUGGGCCACACUGGACAUUCACCAUAACUGGAGCUCCCCCACCCCACCCUCUCCUCCGACACCUUCGCCCACUUCCCUCCUCCUCCCUGCUGCGGCUGCUGCCUCCUCCGCGGGGACCUGCUAGAGUGAUGGGCUGCAUAGGAUCCAGGACUGUAGGGAAUGAGGUGAUUGCAGUGGACUGGAAGGGAUUGAAAGAUGUGGACCAGAUCAAUAUGGACAGCACCAGCUCAUUGCAUGGCAGCAGCAUCCACCGACCCUCCACUGAGCAAACCCGGACAGAUUUCUCCUGGGAUGGUAUUAAUCUUUCCAUGGAAGACACAACCUCCAUUCUCCCCAAGCUGAAGCGGAACUCCAAUGCUUAUGGAAUCGGGGCUCUGGCUAAGUCGUCUUUCUCUGGCCCCUUAGGGAUAUCCCGCAGCAUGAAGGAUCACGUCACAAAGCCAACGGCUAUGGGACAGGGUCGUGUAGCUCACAUGAUUGAGUGGCAAGGCUGGGGCAAAGGUAACAGCCAGCAACAACAGCACACACAUGAGGCGGUGCGCAAGGAUGCUGAUGCCUACUCAGACCUGAGCGACGGUGAGAAGGAGGCCCGAUUCCUUGCAGGGGUGAUGGAGCAGUUCGCCAUCUCUGAGGCCACUCUCAUGGCCUGGUCCUCCAUGGAUGGUGAGGAUGUGAGUGUCAACUCCAACCAGGAGAACCCAGCAGGCAACUACAGUGAGAACUACCAGGAGCUGAUGGAGAACCAGGAUCACAUGGCCCAGACACAGUAUGACAGCUGGCCCCACUCCUAUGUUUCUCAGGGCAUGUAUUGCCUGGGCUCCUCUGAUGCUUGGGAGACCAGUGACCAAUCCCUCAUUGCUUCCCCGGCUACCGGCUCCUACCUAGGCCAGAACUUUGAGGAGACCCAGUCCAACCUGCAGGAGAGCACAUUGAUUCAGAGUAGCCUCAUCCAGCAGCAUCAGAUGCAGCAGCAGCAACCACAGGCCCUGCUCCAGAACCCAGGGCUCGUUGACAUGUGGCCCCCUCAGACUGCUGCAGGGGGUGGUGGUGGGGCUGAAUCCAGCACAUACAUGGGGGUGCACACAGAGGAGGAAGGGAACCCACUACUGGAGAAGGCCCCGCUGCUAAACAAGAAGACCUCUCCAGAGGAGGACGAUGCUGUAUGCCGGGACCUGGAGUCACUGUCACCUCGGGAGGAGCUGGAACAUGCCGCACUCAGCCGCAAGGUCUCAGAUGUCACCUCAUCUGGGGUGCAAUCCUUUGAUGAGGAGGAGGGGGAAGCAAACAAUUGAUGCUGCCAGUGAGGAAUCUUUCACCAUUACCAAAUGGGAGAGGGGAGGGGGGAAUGAAAUGACAGGAAAACCUCUCCCCAGGUUCCCAGGCGGACACACGUUUCAUUCAGACAUUUAAUUUUUAACAAAAGGGAAGUAAAGGACUGGAGGUGUUUGACUGGGGCGGAGCCCUCCUUGCCCACCAUCGUGGACUGAUCCCCUGACCCCACUGCUCUGGACAGCACGCUGGGGGCUCAGGGAACUCUGGACUUUAAAUCUUUUUGAUACAAGGGUUUGGCUCUGGAUUCAGACUGCUCAGAUGCUGGGAUGUGGCUCCCAAGAUACAAACAGUAGCUUGAUACAAGGAUGUGGCUGUAUGGAUAGGAUCUAUCUUGGCAGAAUGGAUGUUGUUUUGGGGCUACAAUCUGCUUUGAUCCAUGGGAUAUGUGAAUACAGAGUCUGUUUUGAACAGGGCACAAGACUGUGCGGAUAUAGGUUGCACUAAUACAGGGACUGUGGCUGAUAUACAGGGUAAGGCUGUAUGGAUAUAGCCACUGCACUAAUAGGAUGGAUGAGCUAUAUGGAUAAAUACUGUACAGUUCUUUGAUAUGAGAACCAAGGCUCUGUGGAUACAGACUGUACUGUGGUAUGGAUGGUGUGGCUCUGUGGAUUCGGGAUGUGCUCUGGUAAGGAUGGCAUACCUCUGUGGACAAGGGUUGUGCUCUAGUACGGAUGGUGUGGCUCUGUGGACAUGGGCUGUGCUCUGGUACGGAUGGUGAGGCUUUAUGGAUACAGGAUGUGUUCUGGUAUGGAUGGUGUGGCUCUGUGGACACGGGCUGUGCUCUGGUAUGGAUGGUGAGGCUCUGUGGAUACAGAUGUGUGCUGGUAUGGAUGGUGUGGCUCUGUGGACACAGGCUGUGCUCUGGUACGGAUGGUGAGGCUCUGUGGAUACAGACCUCAACCCAUACAGCAACAGCUGUGCUUCGGUCUCUUUGAAACAUUUUUCUUUUGCUCCCGCUGACAUGUCUGUCUGCCUGGGAGCUGCAGGAGAACAGGGCAGGGGGCGGGGGGUGGGGGGAGACUGGGCAUGGGGAUAUUUCCAGGUGGUGUUGGGCACUACAUGCAUGGGGAGGGGGUCACCUGCCAUUUUCUACUAUAUAGACAUUGUAACAUAAGGCUGACUUUCCAGGAGGAUUUGGGAGUUUGUCCACCUCUGUGCUGCUGCCUGAAUCCUUCCCUCUUUUCCUCUGCAGGGAGGCCAGGAACAGCAGGAACAAACAGUAUCACCAUUUUCCAGUUUAUAUUGGAUUUUUGUUGCUGUUUCUUUUUCUACAGGUUUAUAUUGCCGAGUACUGGUUCUAAACACAGUGGUUAACAAAGGGAAUGGCCUGUGGGCUGGCCACCACUGACCAUAACUGCCAUACCAUUCUGAGUAUCCCCGAUCCCUCUGUGGUGCCAAAUGUGGAUGGAGGAAAGGGGGUGGGAGGGAAACUUUUCUCUCCCUCCUGUUCAUUUCUCUUUCCUGCUUUACAUUUUCUGUUUUUUCUUGACAAUGUAAAUAUUCCUUGGCACUGUUUUCUUUUUUCUCAUUCCUCCCAUCUCUCUUUCAGGGGUGGGGAAGGCUGGGUUUUGGGGGAUUUUCCCCAUUUGUACGGGUUCUAUAUUUUUGUUAACAAAGUUUAUGAUUCAUGGACUGAUGGGGUUUUGAUUCCAUGCGAUUCCCCUUCUUGUUGCUGCAGACAUACUACAGGAGGAGGGACUUUAAAUAGGUAUUUAACCAAUUGUUUCCCCUCUGCUAUUGCUAGGGAAUAAACAGGAGACAAAAAUUGUGUGGGGGCAAUCAUUGUUCAGAUAGCAGAACAUGACCACCAGGGGAUGGUAGAAGUGUUGGGUGUUCACUGAAAUGUGGGCAGUGUGUGAGCAAUUGCAUCCCUCCAACAAAGAAAUCCCACCAAAGGGUGAGUUAAGGGUGGGGGACUGGAUAAAUGAACCAAGCUGGAGAUUGCCCUCUUUCUGCACUACCCCGGAGGCAUCUCUUCCCCACUUGCUCCAAGCCAGAGCCACUCUUUUCAACUGCAAUACAGACGUCUGUCUCCUCUCUGUCUUCUCCUCCCUGAUGGUAGAAUUGAUAUUGCUGCUUGCAGGAUGGGAGAGUGAGGCAUGUUCCUCUCCUGACCCAGGUUUGGAACCCAACCCAUGUAGCAGGGAAGGAGUAUGUAUCAGGAGAGGAGAAUGUGGCAGGAAUAUUAUCCAGGAGGCUAGGAGCUGAGACAGCCACAGGAAAACAGAAGUGGAUCAUGUCCAGGAGUCAAGAGGAGGGUGAAUUAGACAUGGAGCCUUGGAGAUGGUAUUUCCGCCCACACACCUUUCCUACCGGCAAUUGGGAUUAUAGGGAACUCCACAGAGAACUUCUGAGUCUCUCUGGCAAAGCUCCAUUUCAAGAGGAUCUGUCUUCCUGCUCCACUGCACCUCUAAUGGAAACGCCACUGGGAGGAGUGUUUGGGAGGAUUAUGUGAGGCUGACGCUUGGGGGUGGAUAUGAGACAAAAGCAUUUGUUACCACCUCUUUGUCCCCAUUUCUUUGGAGCUUCCCUGUCUUUCCCAGGGGAGGUUGCUCCUUUCCUGGGUGAUGAGGUUUCAAUAUCUACUUAAAUAUGUUUACACGUUCUGGUACCAACCUCCCAAGGUUGAGAAGGUUGGCUAAAGCACCUCCCAAAAUCCCGGGAGGACUCAUUAUCCUGAGUUUAUCUGAACUGCUUUGGUUUGGCUGCUACAUGGAUUGGGGAAGUCUCACUAGCAAGAACAGAGAAACUGGGAAAGUGCAUGGGCAGGAAAACUGAAGGUGUGUUUCUUUGGGGUGUUUCUUUCGGGGGGAAGGUUCGAUAAGCCUGCUUCUUAUUUUUUCCCAACCAUUCUGCCUCCAAGGUCCUAGCCAGGACCAACCGAUGUUUACAGUAAUUAUAUUUCAGUGUAUCUUCAAAUGUAUCCUGCUCCCACCUUGUCAUUCACAGGACCAGGACAAGGGGGUCAUCUUGGUUAGGUCUAUUUUUUUAAAUGCAGACAAGUUGUGCAUUUGGUAAGAUGUGUGACAAAUGUAUGAGGUGCAUUUUCUCCAUAGGAGAGAAGUGACAGAGGGACACACAUUACAUGGAAAACAAAGACUAAAAAAGAAAAAGAAAAGAAAUGUACCUUAUGAAAAUCCCACAGAAUGUAAUAGCAAGUGAAAACCUUCCCACAGAGUUUUCUGACCUCUGGAGAAUUAUACUUCUGCUACAGAAUUCUAUAGCACAGUUUCAAAAAGCUUAUAGAUGGGAUCUCAUUGUCUAUUAAAUCCUACAGGUGUUUAAAGUAAUUUCUACAGAAACGUAUUAUUUUCACGUUAUUAAAUUCUAUAAGAUUUUUCAUAAAGAUCUUGCUUUUUUGCAAAUAAAGAUCUUACCUUUUUAAAAAACAACAACACUUUCCCCUGGUGUCCCCAUCAUCCAAGAACACAUAUGCCUUUCUCAUUGCCAGGACCCUGACUGGACACAGCAUUCCCAUGGCCUCCAACUAUUGCCUAAGUGAGGCCCAAAUGGACAAUAUUAAUAACAAACUGAUAGGUCACUUUGAGUCUCUUGCAAAAUGUGAUUCUACCUUAAAAAGUGACUGUAUAAAAAUGGGCUUUCCUUAUGCAACAGGCCUGCACCCUGCCUGUAUCCAGAAUCAGAUCUUCUCACGUUGCUAAGGUUUUCAGAAGUGACACAUGGUUCUGGAUUCAUCAGUUUUUGGGGGCCCAAUUUCAGAUGCCUUAAGGCUCCCUGAUUUUCGGCACUUUCUGAAAAUCAGGUCUACUGAAAGUAUCCAAAAACAGAGGAAUGCAAAGUUACUAGUCCCUUUUGAAAAUCUUGGCCCUAGAUUUUGACUUGCUUUUUAUUCAAAUUAUCUCUGCAGAGCCAGCCUAGCUCAGAAAGAGGGUAAUGGAACCUAUUCCUUCUUGUGCAGCAUCUGCAGAAUUGUUUACUAUGUUCUAAUUAGUCACACCUGUGCAAACCUCCUGAAGGCCAUGGGGUUGCCACAGGUGUCAUUGGGGGCACAAUUUGAAUUGCAGAUCCUUUAUUCUAGGGGAUGAUCUGGAAAGAGUCCAACUUGACUCUCAGAGCCCAGGCUGAGUUUGCAGGGCUGAUAGAAACAAAUAUCUUUUUAUUUGUCAAGUAAGUUUGAUCUGGAGUCGUCACUUGUGAACAGAGCUGCACUCAUGAAAUAUUUCUGAAAUUGCUUGAAGCUGUGUAGCUAGAGGGCUCCCUGCCUUUGUUUGCUUUCCACUAAAGCCAUUAAGUCUUUAGCAGGAGUCAUGACUUCUGUUCUUUGCUGAACAGAGAAGUGUUUCUUUAAAUAUGGGUGACUCUAGUAGUUGAAUCAACUCUCAGACAGACAGAGCUCUUUCUCACUCCUGUGCCCUCUACUGUCACCAUCUGUCCAGUUCACAUUACUGUUGUUAAACCUAAAAGUUGUUCGCGGGUUUGGAGUCUUUACCUCUAGGGCACCAGUUCCAGUGCCUGGCUCAGGGGAAUCAUGAAGUGAGAUAUAGGGUCUUUCAUCUCUAAAGCACAAUUUUCAAUUUGGCUUCAGGUUGGGGGAACUGGCUGGGUGAAUGAGACAAGGGGAAGGGGCCAUUCAUCUGUAGGGCAUCAGUUCUGAUACAUCCUUAGGUCUGGGGAAAUGGCUCAGGGAGUUAAGGAAGGGCCACAGAUCUUACCACUCCUAGGUGACUGGUUCCAAUCUGUUCCUACUUUGUAGUGACUGACAGUCAUUCCCAUCUGGCAGCUCUUCAGUUUCCAUGUGAACUGACAGAUCUCAGGCAGUGGCUAGUCACCCUUGCCAAUUCCACCCCUUUUCUUUGACUACGCUGGGACUUCAGAGCGGACAGGGAAAGGUAAGCACCACUGAUAAGUCCUGUCCUGUGAUUGUAGGGCAGGGGCAAGUCUGUGAGAAGGACUGGGGACUGUGGUGGGCUCCUGGGGUGAGACAGCUUCUGCAGCCAGGGAACAUGCCUGUUUUCAUGCCAGUUCCAAGGUGACUUGAGAGUUGGAAUGGCCCUGAGAUUUAUAGACUGGCCACAUGUGUGGCUAAAGCCUGGACCAUCCUUACUGUGUCCAGCAAAUGGAAAUUGUCUAUGGAGCCGGCAGGACAGCCAGGGGAAAGGAAACUAUUUUCUAAAUCUGAAAAGGUGUGUGUGUUGGGGGGAGGGGUUAAUCACAGAAUAAGAAAGAGAUUCUUCCAACCUGGUGUAGCUCAAGUGCUGUUACAGAGCUUGGUACUGAAUAAAUAGGCUUGGCAGAAUUAGAUUUUUAAUAUAUAAUUUUGAUGGAUAAUAUCAAUAUUAUUUUUAAGCAUUUUUUCUAGUUUUAUCUAUUUCAGUUUUCACAGUUGCAUGAAAUUAUGGGUGGGUCAGACAAUGAUUAUUUAAUGACAGAUGUUGAGAUUCAAAAAGUUAUAUAGCUUUAUAAGUGUUAAAACACAAAUUGUCAACAUGUCAUGUCAAAAUAUACAAAGUAAAUAUCUUUAGAUCAAACUCAAAGUUCUCAAGCAGCAUUUUUCUUACCUUGCCUAGCUGUACAUUUCAUUUAUUGUCAAUGGAAAUAUUUUUUCAUUAGUUUUUGUGUGUGUGUACAGUGAAAUCAGCGUUUACUGACCAUUACCAAUAAAAAUCUAAUCCUUCCAAGCCUAUGAAUAGGCCAUCUAGCUUGCCCCUCUGGAAGACAAGGAGGAAGAGGGCGAUUUCUCCACACUCAAGAAGUUACCUACUUCUUUCCUUGUCUCCCCUGAACAGCCAGAAUAUCUAUCUCACACUAGCUGGUAUGAGGGAAAAUUUCUCCAUCUCACCCCACUUUGGAUUUUCCUAAUUUUCAGACAUUUCUAAACAAUGGGAAAUGUCAUUUUAAACUGCUGUUACCAAAAGAGCCUUCCAAAUACAGCAAUCACCAGUGAUCUGCAAUCAGCAUAUUUAAUGCUGUCUUGCGAGAAGUGGAAGGGAAUUAACAUUCUCUGUUUAGCUGGAGCACAGAAGAGGGAGUCUGACAGGGAUGUGCUGUGCCUUAACUCAGGGAAGGGAAGGAUAAACAGAGCAAUAUGCAGAAUAUGGAUUUGGUGUGCACCCAUUAGAUAGCACAGCAGAGGCAGUGUCAGUUAUGAAUGGAGCCAGAUGGGGCCCUCUUUCAUAUCACAGUCGCUCCCCAGGUGAGAUGGAUAGGGCUGGAUCUGUAGGAGAGUGAUAGACAUCUGUGCCAGAUCAGUAUCUUUCUGUCUCUCUCCCAAGCACAGUGUUUCUCACUAUGCAGAAUGUCUGGCCCCUUGCUGGAGAUCACAGGCCCCUGCCAGCACAGACAGCUCUCUAGAUUUGUUGGGAAGUGAUACAGACCACAUGGUCACUGUGUUACCAGCAUAGAUAUGGCUGGAUCUGCACUGGAGCAUAGAGACCAUCUGGGUCUUUGUUAUAUGUCUGGCUCUUCCUAGCACAGACAGUACAAGGUAUGUACAGGUGUGUGUGAUGUGUACCAGUUAGACCUUUCUUGGACAUUUUUGUCCUUCCCUUGUAUGGAUAUGAACAGGUCUGUACAAGAGUAAUAUGGACCAGCUGGGGUUGUGUAUUGUAUUUCCCCAGCACAGACAGAUCUGGAUUCGAAUGUAAUCAUGAUGAUUACAAUGAUUCGGAAGCAAUGGAACCAGGCCAGGCCCUGGUUUUGGACAAUAUUUCCACCCAGACAAUAGGAUUUCUCCUGGAAAUGUAGGGACUGACAGGUUAUCUGUUCAGUCAUGAAUGUUGCACCCCAGGGCAGUCAACAAGGAACCUGCCUGUUCUAGAAUGAUGGUAAGGUCUCCUGGUUAAGCUAAGUGGUACUCUUAAGAAGGGAGAGUUGCUAUCUUAUCACUGGGUGGGUGGGAAUUCAGCCUCCAUUUCCACCUUGCACUGAGUCAAUGCUCAGUGUCUUCAGAAAUCUAGUCUUGGUUCUGCUCCUCCCAAGGGUACAACUAGUGUCCAUCCUGUCAGGCAAAGUUCUUCUCCACCCAGGAGAAAAGUCAUGCAUUGACAGUUAAUUCCAGGAUAACACAGCCAUCCAGUCCAGGUUCACCUGAACCCCAGAGCCCUUUGCAGGAGGGAUAGAAAACCAGUAGAAGCAUUUUCCCUUGUUGCCCUGCUCCCUUUCUAGAGGUCAUAAAUCCCAUUCAGGUUCUUGACCUAGAUGCUGUGCCCAGUCCAUUCCAGGCAAGCACAGGCAUCCACUCCACCUCCAUCCACUGUUCCUGUGUGGUGCGGAGAUGAGCAGUGCGAAAAGCAGAAACAGCUUUGCAGGUGUAUUUUGUUUGUUGAUUUCUGUUUAUCUUCUCUGGUUUUGUGGGUGUCUUGCAUGAUUGGGGUAGUCACCAAUGGGUCCCCGGGAUCCUCCAAACUACAGAAUGAGCCUCAAAAAUCAUUUUACAAUGAGCAGGACUUUUUUAAAAAGCUCUUUUUGGGGUUGGGUGGGUAAGGGCUGGGGAGUGGGAGGUACAGUGAUCUCUGGGUGGUAUGGGUGGGUGUCUAUGGGUGGGUGGGAGAAUGGGGAGUGGAGUCUUGAAGCAUGUUUAAAAGCAACCAAAGGUUUGGGGCUUAAGAUUUUGUAUUCUCAACAUAUGAAACUGCUAUUGCAUAAGGGGACAGGACAAGGAGGGGUUGUAGCAGGGCAAUGUAAAGACCCUCUUCCCCAGCUGUGUAUGAUUUUGUGCGGGACUGAAUAGAGAUUCUUUUCAUCCCUCAAGGAUGCAUUUUGUGGAGGGCCAUGGCUCUUCAUGGGGAAAGAAAGAGCAGGAAGAGAAGGGGGUCUGUCACUGAAACCCUCCUACCCCUGCCACCCCCAAAUAAACAAAAACAAAACUGAUUUGCCUUUGGUCUUCCCAGUCCAAAACUUCUUUGCCUGAAAUUUUUUCACUGGUUAUUCUUUGCAUGUUUUGAUAAUGUGACUUAUGAGAAAAAAAUAUAGAUAUAGAUAUAGAUAUAAACUAUACAUACAGACAUAGGAAACUAUAUGGCACUACACACCUCCAUACCUAUGUGUGGCAGCAGCCACUGAAAAAGGAGACGAUGUAGGCCAAAAUGGCAUGUACAGUCCUUAUAGAGUUAUUAUUAAACAGAAUGUGGUCUUGCCAUUCUGGCUGGUGGAAGUGUUUUAUUUCUGCGGGGAGGAUCCAAGGGACUUGCGUCUGAGGAAACAGUAUCCUAGCAGGAGUGGAGGCACAAAAUCAUUGAUAGGAGUAAAGCCAGAGCAUGCUGGAGACAUAUACAAGGAUAGGGGCAGUAUCUCAUGCCGAGCAGGCAAGAGAGCUUUUUGCACUCCACAAUAAAAAGAUGACACUUCAUCUGCAGCCAUUGUGUCACAGAAUGGAGGUCACUGUGUGAGCCCAACAGUGUCUGGCCUGACACUGCUGCCCUCCCCUUCCCUUCUCUUUUCAUUUAGCUGUGGUACGCAUUUUCAUGCUGAUAUUUCUCCAGUCUUUCGUCUCAAAGCAUGUUACAGACUGUACAUAUAAGAGUCAUUCAAUCACUAAUGAAAUGCUGCCAUCUUUGAGAUGGAGCCUAGCAGAUGGUACACAACGUGCUAGACAGCAGGUUAGGACAGGACAUGGAGAAAAAUCCAGAGCCAGAUGAAACCACAGGGAAGGUUUAAACAGGAUGAGAUCUAUAAUGACCUUGAAUAAUCCAGACUUUGGCUGUACAUCUAAUCCAAAAACCUGCAAUUCUAGCUGCAUGAUGCCCCUACUAGUGUAUUGGAGUAGUGGUUUAAUGUUGACUCAGAGGGGAGAUGCCCUUAUUGAGUCUCCAACAUUGCUGCCAUCUCCUUGCAGCUUUUCCAGUCUGGUUUACAUCUGCCAACCAAUGUAGCUUCCAACACUUGAAAGACUAAUGGCCUAAUACAUCUCACUGUCAGCAAGAGUUUGCUGCUGUCCAUUCUAAAUGUUUUUUUACUUAGUUUCAUCCCAAAAACUCCUAGUUGUACCCCCUUUGCCACCGAAUAUAAUUUCUCUCUUCCUUGGUGUGAAUACCCUGCAGAUAUGUCUAUACUAUUGUGCGCCUUUACCUUAGAUGUUGCUUUCACAAAACAUACAUCGUUAACACCUCUAGUCUUUCCUUGUCGGUGAGUCCCUAGCCUUCUAACCAUUUCUGGUGCUUUUCUCUGAAUUGCCUCCAGUUUGCCCGUAGUUGUUCUUGAAAUGUGGUGCUCAGAGUUCAAAUACUCCAAGUGUGCUUGCACCAGAGCCACAGAAGAGGGCUAUCAUUUCCCUGACCCCUGAAGUGAUGCCUCUGCAUAUACCAAAACUGUAUGGGCCUUUUUACUGCCUGUUACACUACACACAGAUGUUUAAUUUGCUGUCUGUUGUAGCUUUUCAAGGUCUUUUUAGGCAUCUCUCUGUCCUAGGGUUCUCCUCCCACUGAGUAUGUUUUGGAUUCUUUUCCCCAGACAAGUUAGCUGUGUUAGCUGUGUUUUCCUUUUAUUUUCUUAUCCCAUUAUUUUCUUAUCUUGUUAUUUUCUGUCCCAAUCUCUGCUCUCUGUAGGUCUCUUUCUUAUUCUCUGUCCUAUCUGGUAUUCACUGCUCUUCCCAAGUUAUCGUCUCUGAAUUUCAUUAGCCAUGCCAUUUACUUCCUCUUCCAGAUUAUUCAUGAAGAUUUUAAAUAAGAUGAACCUGGAACAGUCCUGCUUGACACCUCCCCAGCUUCAACUUUGCCAUUUGCCAGCAUGAUUUCUUUACAAUUCUUCGGACAGUUCUUAGCUGCACAUAGCAGUUCUCAUAUCCCAGUCACUUUGAAUUAUGACUGAGAGUGAGGGCAGGUCUACACUUAUAAAGCUGCAGGUCUACACUUAUAAAGCUGUAGCGCUUUAGUGAAGCUGCUACUAUGCUUGUCCCAUCGGCAUAGUUAAUUCACCUCUGCGAGAGGAGGUAGCUAUGUUGAUGGGAGAAGCCCUUCCCUCGACAUAGCAUUGUUUACACUGGGGUUAGGUUGGUGAAUCACACAAACAUCUCAUAAAAUAUUGGACCAACAUCCAAGUAUGUUACAACUCCUGCUUUCUCUGUAACCACUUAUAUUGUAUAUCUCAGGAGCAAAAGGCAGCCAAGUUUGUUGUCAACUUAUUCUUCAUAAAUCCUCAGUGCUGCCUUUUGCUCACAGUUCUGUUGCACUUGGGGUUAAAGGUUAGGCUUUGAGGAGAUUGUAGCUUCAGCUUGUGUGGCUGAAAUGCUGACCUUAUGUUAGUGACUUUCCUUUUUCUACCUUGAUUUUUUCUUUAAUUUUCCUUCAUUGUUCAGAGUCACAGGUGACUUUGCCAUUUAUUACUGGGCAGCUUUAAGACAUUUAUUUAAAAAUAAAUAGUUUACAUUUUAAAAUCUGUCUUCAUUAUGGUUGUUUUAAAACUUGUUCUUGAUUGGAAAAUAAAGUCAGUAAUAGCUCUCUCAUGUCCUCUCUCUCCAUGUUUGUCUCUUUCUAGGCAUUUAUACAGAUUACUCAUCUCAGUAGUACCCAAGUUCUUCCUUUAGCAUCUUCCAGCUCAGGAACUUUAAGGCCUUAACAUUAAUGAACUGACCCUCACAAUGCCUCUGUAAAGGUACCAUUGGUAAUUAUAAUUCUCCCCAUUGUAUAGGUGGGGAACACUGAGGAACGGAGUGGAGACUGGUUCUGUUAUGGCUGCUCUGUGUGAAUCCACUGAGUUGAGUUUGGGAAGGAGAAGGAGGCCCCA